GCAGUUUUCUGCACCCCUCGUCCCAUAUUUUUGCCCAAACCUCUGUCUCUUAUACCCAUAAUUUUGCCAGACGCACAAUUAAGAGGCUGACUCUCCCCAACUCAGGCCAAUGGGUGAGUGUUAAAAAAAAAAAAAAAAAAAACUCCAGGCUCUCCUGUAGGCCGCACAUGUGGACACUUUGCAUAUGGUAAAAUUCCAACAAUAGGGGCAACUUCUGCUUUAUUUCACCAUGCGUUCAUGCGCGUGGUGGACGGCUAUGCAAUCUACAGUAGCUCACUUCCCUGUCAAGCAGCUCCGCUGAGCCUGAAAUGCAAACAAGUCAUGCCACGAGGAGAAAACCCCUUGUGCAUGUACGCAACAUAUGCAGAUGUACCUGCUGCUCUUUGCUGCAGAGUGUGUGUGAAUCACAGAGUGCCUCAAAGUUGAAAAAGGAACUAGUAAGGGGCGGAUCUGGCUGUGAGAGAACCCUCAGAAUGAGGCGGCAGGUGUUUUUUUUUUUUUUUUUACGAGAGUAAGGAAGAGAUAAGAGCUCUGGUGUGACUGAACAGGAUGUCAAAAGCCACUGCUCUGCUCUGCUCUGCUCGAGGAGCUGCUGAUACACAGCGGCGCUUAAACACUCCUUCCCGGAGACGCUGAAGAUGGGAUCCGGCCAUAAAGAGCCUGAAUUUGAUUUCAGCUUUCUGUUUGAGUACGGCAGCCGAGGCGGAGAGAUGGAAAUGGAGAGAGAGGCUUUUAGCUAUACACCAAAUGUUAGUUUGUCUCUCCCACUUGGCAUGGCCAACCCCUGCCUGGCAUCUCAGUACCACAAUCUUCAAUCAAGCCCCGUUAUCUCGUCAUGCCACCAAGCGAGCUAUGGACUCCACGACAGCUCCAUGGCUCCGAACUACUACUUCCCCGGGCUCCGUCCCAAUGGCGCACCCCCUCUGGAGAGGCCACGCAUUGAGAUCACUUCCUAUGGCCAGAUGCCUGAGGAAGAGGUGGAGGAAAGUGGCACCAUGGGCCCUGUGGCUAAGCGAGUCAACAUCGUGACCUUGACUUUGCCCAGUGCUGAUGGGUACCGCGACCCGAGCAGUCUGAGUCCAGCAAGUAGCUGCAACUCAGAGGCCUCGUAUGAGUCUGGUUUCUACAACUAUGAAAAUUCACCCCAGAACUCACCCUGGCAGUCACCCUGUGUCUCGCCCAAAGGCUCAUCCUCUUCGAUGCUGUCUUGCCCACCUCAUGGGCAUGCCCCUGGUCCCUCCCCUCUUCACUCCCCUUCCACCUCCCCCAACGAUGACAUUGGAAGUCAUGGGAAGCGGAAGUAUAGCUUCAAUGGCACCCCUUAUGGGCACGCAUCAGGCAUCUCACCCAACCACUCACCCGGGGCUUCACCUCAGGGUUCACCAAGGCUUGAAGAAAGCAGGCUGGGAAACACUAACCAGUACACCAAUUCAGCCAUUGUGGCAGCCAUCAACGCCCUCAGUACGGACGGCUUACCCGAUCUCGGGGAUGGUGUUCCCAACAAGAGCCGGAAGACCAGUGUAGAGCACAAUGCCAGCAUGAGCCUGAAGGUGGAGCCAGCAAACGACGAUGUAGGCACAGAACUUGGACAGGAGGACUAUACCAACUCCAACCGUAUGCCAUUCAAGAAGGAGAGCUAUUGCUCAGGAUUCCUGGAUGUGCCACCUCAUCCAUACUCAUGGCCCAAGCCCAAACCUUACCUCAGCCCGUCUCUGCCGGCUCUUGAUUGGCAGCUGCCGUCCUGCUCAGGUCCCUACAAUCUGCAGAUCGAGGUGCAGCCCAAAUCCCACCACCGUGCCCACUAUGAGACAGAGGGCAGCCGAGGGGCAGUGAAGGCCCUGUCAGGAGGACACCCUGUGGUGCAGCUCUACGGCUACAUGGAGAGUGAGCCACUAACACUCCAGCUCUUCAUUGGCACGGCAGAUGACCGACUUCUGCGACCACAUGCUUUCUACCAGGUUCACCGCAUCACCGGCAAGACUGUCUCCACUGCCAGCCAUGAGGCCAUGCAAUCCAACACCAAGGUGCUGGAGAUCCCUCUGCUGCCUGAGAACAACAUGAGAGCCAUAAUCGACUGUGCUGGAAUCCUGAAGCUCCGAAACUCAGACAUUGAGCUGAGGAAGGGUGAGACGGACAUUGGCCGCAAAAACACCAGAGUCCGAAUGGUGUUCCGCGUCCACAUCAACCAGCCCAGUGGCAGGACUGUGUCUCUACAAGUCGCAUCCAACCCCAUAGAGUGCUCCCAGCGCUCAGCACAGGAGCUGCCUUGGGUGGAGAAGCAGAGCCUGGACAGCUACCCAGCAUCAGGAGGUAAAAGGAUGCUCCUCAGCGGCCAUAACUUCCUGCCUGAAUCCAAAGUCAUGUUCGUGGAGAAGGCCCAAGAUGGACACCAUGUAUGGGAGACAGAAGCCAACGUGGACAAGGAUUCUCGCAAAUCUACUUCUUUGGUGGUAGAGAUCCCUCCUUACCGCAAUCAGAGGAUAUCCAGUGCCGUGCCUGUCAGCUUCUACGUCUGCAAUGGCAAGAGGAAGAGGAGCCAGUAUCAACGCUUUACCUACCUGCCGUGCAACGUUCCAAUGAUAAAGACAGAGCCGGCUGAUGACUAUGAGUCCCGGAUGUCCAUACAUGCAAAUCCCUACUUCGGCCAGCAGAGACUGCCUACCAUGAUGCCUUUGGAUGACCCUGAGCCUUGCAUGGUGGCCAGCUAUGCCCCCUGUGCGUCUCGCCCCACCCCUAUGCUAUGCUCUUCCCCCAGCUCUAGCCCUAAGCUCCAUGACCUGUCACCUGUACCCUUUCCUAAGUGCCUGAGCAACAGCCCUACACACUCCACCAUGCCUGGAGGUAUGGCAUCCAUGCAGGAGCCUCCCACCCACCAUGGGCUGGCCCUGCCCAGCUCCCCUGACCCCACCUCCCUCACCAUGCACCACCCUCAGGGUAGUCCACACCUUGGCAGCCCCUCAUACCACCCUCUCUACCCCAACAGUAGUCCUUCCUCCUCUCCUACCUCCCAUCCCUCAACACCAGGGGCUGCAGCUGAAAGCCCUUAUCUGGCCACCUUUGGCUCCGCCCAGUCCAGAGGAAGCCCACCCACCCUGUUAGCAGAUGAUCACGCCUCCCCUGCGCUGCCUGUUACCAUCAAACAAGAGCCGCAGGAGCUCGACCAAAUGUAUCUGGAUGAUGUCAAUGAGAUUAUCAGGAAUGACCUAUCCUGCACUUCCUCUCACGGUCACUCAUAGAUGGCCAUGAAAAUGCCUGACGAAAGAAGGGACCAAGAUGUCUUCCCUCUGAAGCCACCCGCAAUUGGACAAUCAGUCCUCGCGUUUAGAGGAACUUCUACGAGGACAACGUGACGUCAUGUUUCACAUGAAAGGCCUUAAAUUCAACGGUGUAUAAAAAGCACCAUGAAAAGCAGUGACUGUUUAAUUUGUUGGUUGUCCUUCUUCUUGUUCUUGCUCUUGCCUUAAAACAUUAGAACUGCUCUACGGUGGACCAAGAUCUCACAAAGACUUUCGUCUUCUUCUCUUCUUGAUGUGUGUGCGUGCUGGCGUUCAGGACAAACGCUGUCCGAAUGGCGUUUCGUAGCGAUUAAUCCCAACUGGUUCAUCAGACAGGGCAGAUUCUGCAGUGCCUUGCUGCAAGUACAAAUGGGGAUGCAAUUCCGUUCAUCUUCUUCACUUCACUUCCUUUUUUAUACCUUUACACUUUGGUCGCUCAUUUGUUUACAGUAAAUAUGAAAGGCUGGAAUGUGUAGAUGUGUGUGGAAACGUGUGAAUAAAGUAGACCUGUGUUUAGACCAUGUUUUUUUACACCAUAUACAUAUAAAAUUGUCGGUAGUUGUCUUUGUAUAAAAGUGUAUGUUUAAUGUGCUGUAUAUAUGCAUUAAUGAACCUUUGUCAUUCCCUGUGUAGUGCAUGGUCUCUUGGUGAAAUCGAACCACCAAUUGGACUACCUCCCCGAUGCCCUCUUACCCCAGAACUAUAGCAAGAAACAAAGUGGUUAACAAGCCUUGACAAAGAAUCGCGGGAUUUCAGUUGAAAUAAAAGAAAAGCACUUAUUCCUGUGGCAGUGGUCACUAACCAAUUUCCUGGAGAUCAUGGCUCUGUCCCAAACUUUAGGAGUCAUAACAAGUUAGGCAAAAUGGCAGUUGUAGCAUUUGUCUAAGACUAGCAAACAUUAGAAUAUAGUAGCUGUGUGUUCAUGUUAAAUGUUAGCACAUCUCUUCCUCAUCUUUAACAGAACUGAUUUCACAAUUUUGUACCACAGCACUCUUCAGUAAUCCAUUCCGAUUGGUCAGAGGGUGUUGAUUCAUUUUCUAUACCAACACAGUUCGGACAGUGGCUCCGCAUGCAAUGGUUUUAUUAAUGCACUCAUUCUAAUACAGUAUAGUUUCUAUGGUAACACAAAGUUUGUAUGGUGGAUGCUCCACGUAAACAGAUUUUAAAAGACGUAUGUAAUUGUCGAUAUCGUGUCAUUUUUACUUGUGAGGAAAUGUUUAUUUAGCAUUUUUGGAAGGAGUCUCCAGUGUGAGUGUUUUGUAACAGUCAGCGGUAAAGUUGUAAAGGUUUUUUUGUCAGGAUUGAGGGCUUUUUUGCAGGGUUUUUAUUAUUAUUAACGUCAUAAGAAAGACAAAAAGAAAGCCUGGUGAAGGAAGGACUGUUUAUAGCUGCUAACAAAUUGCUGUGGAGUAAGUGGAAUAAACCAGUGGAAUAUGCUGUUACUGGAAAAUAAUGAACAUGCGACCCCAUUGUUUAUUAUUCUUAUAACAGUACAACACCAACUGUGUUUUUCCUUACUUUGGACGAAUGGCAUAUUCAUACUAGUUGCCUCUGUCAGGAUUUAGUCAAGUGGGCUGAGAACUGCUAAUUAGCUAGGUGUCUAUUGUUAAAUCAUGUGCAAUUUAGAGAGAGAGUAUCUAAGCACAACUUUAAAGUUAAAAAUUACGCUCGGUUUUUGCUACACCACUAGCUGCUUGAAUAAAGUGUCGAUUAGCUGGAUAAGGCAUGUUCGAUUUGGCUUUCAAACUGGGACAGAUCUCCAGCGACAGGGUGCGUGACCACUCCAAGGACACUGGCCCUGCAAACAAGCAAAUGCAUCCCGCUCCAGGCAAACUAACUCAUUUUGUUUUAAUUAAACCAUUUGCGCACUGAGCUAUCAUUUCUCUAAUGGGACUUUUUCCCCCAGCGCUUUCACACAAACAGAACUAGAAUAAUAUAGCAAAGCCUGUUAUCCUUUAAUAAGCAUACAGCAAUAUGUGUAAUUAAUCGGCGGUUGAGGUUGGGUUUCAUGGAGACAAAGACCAGCAAUAAAUGAUGCGACGACACCAAAGGAUUUAUUAUGUAAUCGAUGUUUUCUAUAACCAGAUGUGUGUCCCUAAAGAUGAAGGAGUGGACCUUAUUUGAGCGUCUUGCCUCUUUGACGGAUAUCCUGAUCCCAGUCCUUGGCAACCCAAGACUUAAUAACGAAAUAAUAAGACGUGUUAGACGUGACAAACCUCAGACACGUCCAGAGCUUUCAGUGUCCAGGACUGGAACUGGGAACGAUUGUCUAGAAACUUCUACAAUACCAAAACUGAGAGGUCUGCUCUCAUCGAAGGCUCACUUCUCUUCUAGCGAAAGAUGUCUUUCUAACGCAUGCACUUAAUAUCGAUUUCCAAUGUUUCGUUCAUUAUUGUGAUACGGAUACUUUGGGAUACUUUUCUUCCUGUUGUAUAUGAACGCAUGGUCGUGUGCCUUAUUCUGCUAAUCUGUUAAACAAGCUGAUUGUAUUCUUUAUUUCCCCCUCAAUUUAGGCACACGGUGGAUUCAAUCUUGUAUCUUCUCUAAUAUGGAAUAUUUAUAGAAAUCUCAAGGGUAUUUUAUGUAUACAGUAUGCUUUCUGCUAAUUAAAAGAAUAAAAAAAUUAUUUAAAAGA